AUGGAAAAGCACCUCGAUCAAAAAGAACCCAAGCCUAUACCGCUGGAGUAUUCUUUCAGACGCAUUUUAAGGAGCAUAGUUCACAAUGUAUGCGACUUUGAUCUUUCCUGGCAAGUAAUUAUAUCUUUGUGUGUUAUCGAGGUAGUUGUUUUCACUUACAUCGGUUACAUUGGUGCUGUUGUGAUUGGUCUGUUAUUCUUUCUCCUCCGCCACCAAUUUCGUAUUAGAAAAGAUAAAGUACUUUCCAAUACGAAAGAAAUGUUUUCUCGUAAUGUUUUAGCUGUGAAUCCUGGACUUGAUACGAAGAAAUGGCAUGAGGUAGCAUCCAAAAUGAAUAAUGAAUUUUAUGAACAGGACUAUUGGAGAUCACGUCAUUUUUUUUGUGACGGAGACGAGUGUCACAAUUCCUUCAGAGAACACAUCUUGAGACCUUCCGUGAUUUCAGCGCCUGAUGUCUCUCUUGAAGCUGUAAAACGUUACAGCCAGGCAACAAAUGAGGUUUACAAAAAGUUUCUCCAGGAUGAAUUUCCCUCAAACCCUAAGUCUUUGCCAGGCAAUGAGCGCUACGGGAGAUUUAUGCGGCUUAUUUCCGAUAGAGGCUUUCUCAAAAAUGUACGAUCCCCGCUUGGUUUUGCAGUUUUAGAACUUGCGAAUGAUAGCUACUCUAUGAUAACAAUAUGGCUACUUUAUUACAAUUUUAAAGAUAUCUUUGGUGCUUACGAGUCACAUAUCAAAGAGAAGUACAAAGCUGUAGAUAUUACUCAAAGAGUGAAAUUUCUAGCAACUGUGAUGCACUUUGCUCCUGGAGAUGAUCUCGAAAAGUGGGAUCGUAUAGCCAGUCACAUGAACUGGUACCUGCGUGUCGAGGGAAUAUGGACUCAUGCACACGAAAAAUUUGCUGAUGGAAAGGAAUGUCUGGAUUUCUACGAAUCUCAAUUCAUGCUUCUGCCCUUAAAAUCUGAAGAUACUAGCUAUUCCGAUCUUAAGGAUAUCGUUCGUGAAACUAAUAAGGUAUGCGCACCCUCUUAG